UCCCCACGCAUACAUGGUCCAAUAUCUUCCUACCUCUUCCAACCCUCUCUCCACCUCUCCCCACCUCUCUCCUAAUCUCAAAACAUAGACAAUUUGAAGAACACGAUGUUGGACCGUGGAGUGCAGGUUUUCUCUGCUAAAGGUCAAGAGGCUAUAAACACAGCUCUAAAAGCCGAUUUGGUAAUUUUAAACACUGCUGUUGCCGGAAAAUGGCUUGAUGUUGUUUUAGCCAAAAAUGUUCCACGAGUACUGCCGAAGGUUUUAUGGUGGAUUCAUGAAAUGCGUGGCCAUUAUUUUAAAUUAGAUUAUAUUAAAUACCUGCCAUAUGUUGCUGGCUCUAUGAUUGAUUCGCAUGUAACAGCUGAAUAUUGGGAGAACAGGACUAAUGGUGGGUUUGAGUGGAUGGUUUGCAGAUCUGAAAUGUUCAAGAGAAAGGGGUUUGGGAGAAGAGAAAGGGAAAAAAAGUUUGCAGAUGUGGAGUAAAGAGGAUUGAUUGGAGAUCGCUAAGCCAUUUGUGAAUGAAAGAACAUAGAUUAACCAUGAUAGACGAGACAGUUUCCCCUAAGCCUAACUGUUUCUUCAGCUCCAGAAUUUUACAUUUAAAUCUUGGGUUAUUGGAUUUUAAUAAUCCUAAGUUUCACAUGUUGGCCG